AUGCAGUGGGGAGCUAAACCGAAGCCAAAAACCUCCGUGGAUGCGCUGGUAGAACGCUUCCAGACUCUGUCCAAGGCGGAGCGGUACAACACCGCCGACACAGACCAAGACGGUCUGUUGAGCCACGACCAGCUGCGUGGACUGCUUACGUCUCGCUUUCGUCUCCGUCCAGUGGCAAGUAGCAACCCAGCCGCUUCCCUGUCUUCUCGAGCUUUAGCUCCACCAACUCGUCGUCAACUACGGUAUGUCAUGAUCGGGUCGGCUAUCCCAUUCAUGGGUUUCGGCCUUAUCGACAACCUGAUAUUAUUGGUGGCAGGAGACGCUAUCGAGACGCAUUUCCAUUCGUCCUACGCCAUGUCGAUGCUGUGUGCUGCUGCCCUGGGUAAUACGGUGGCGGACGUGGUGGGUCUGAGUCUGGGCGGAGGAAUUGAGGGCUUGGCUCGGCGUUUGGGCAUUCCAGACCCCAUGCUCUCCAAAGCCCAAGCCAACAUGUCCAUCACGCUCUGGUGCAAUUUCUUCGCCUCCGCCGGUGGCAUCACUCUUGGCUGUCUGAUUGGCAUGAUUCCGCUGCUCUUCAUGAACCACGACGCGUACGAAGAGGAGCAGACUGGUGUACCUGUCAAGAGGAUUACGGGCGACGACGCAUCAGUCGCCACGUAA